AGUACCGCACUGUGUUCUGAGUCCAAGUGGGGAAGACAAGGUUGGAGAGCAUAGAGACGCAUUACUGCAGCAGCAGCGUCACUUCCACGCACACACUUGGGGGGAAUAACCAUCAGAUUUAGGAGCUUUGUGGGGAAAAGUGAUCAAUUCUGCAUCCUUUCUGGAAAGACUUGAACGCUGGGAUUGAUUACAUCUUUAUGUGGUUUUCUUCACCGAACUGACUGCUUCUUCUUCUUGGCAUCAUUGCGACACUUUUUGGAACUCAACUCUUCUCAUCCACCUCGAAAACAACAACAAUCUUAUAUGAUUCUUUGCGCUUUUUAUUUGUUUCGCUUCAGUGUCGGACUUGGAAACAGUGCCUCCUCUGCUGAGUCAGCACUAACAGCUGCAUAGAAGAUGUCCGCCCCAGACGCCGGUGCUCCAGGAGCCCCCGGUCCAGAUGGAGCCCCGGGAGGCCAACCCGCCGGGCCGCCCAACACCUCCAGCAACCGCAGGCUGCAGCAGACCCAGGCCCAAGUGGAGGAGGUGGUGGACAUCAUGAGGGUGAACGUGGACAAAGUUCUGGAGAGGGACCAGAAGCUCUCUGAGCUGGACGACAGAGCGGACGCUUUGCAGGCCGGGGCGUCGCAGUUUGAGAGCUGUGCUGCCAAGCUGAAGAACAAAUAUUGGUGGAAGAACUGCAAGAUGAUGAUCAUGAUGGGCAUCAUUGGAGUCAUUGUGGUGGGCAUCAUAUUCUUGUACUUCUUCUACUGAGUGCCGCCUCAUCACUAAAGACGGAUAUGGACUUGAGAAAGUUGGGAGAUGGAUGGCAGCGAAAGAGAUUUAAAAAAAAAAAAAAAAAAAAAAAAUCUAAGCACCACUCUUCCCUUUUAUCCUCCCUCGCACAUCACGGCAGCUUUUGUUUUGUCUUAACUGUUCAUCCUCAUGCAUUAUUGAGGCAACAGAGUGGGAGGAAGAAGGAUCCAUGCGGUGAUUUCGCCCUCCUUUCUAUCUGAGAGUUUACCAAAGCGGAAUCUUGCUGUUAACAAACUUUGUAAACAAAGACACGCCACCGUGGUUGCCGCCUACUCACGCUAAACACGCAUCUUUUCUUUGGGAUUGUGUCGAUUUCCGAGGUGACUUUGCCACCUGAUGUGUUCCCGCAGCAAAAGAGAGAUGCUGACACUGAGAAAGACAAAUGCAGUGCAGAGAAGAUUAACAGUGAGAGACAUAGACAGGAACAUUAUGUCCACUUGAGAGUUUUCUAGGGAAGAGAUUUAAGUCGGGACACUGACCUUCCUUUUAAUCCAAAAAAUUAACUCUUCCGUGGCUGUAGUUCCUGUCAAGGGUUUUAUUGCUUUUAUUGCUUACAUGACACAAUCUCAGAAAGUAGGCCAAGGUGGGCCGUGUGUUUCCUAUCUGCAUGGCCAACGUAGUUUUCUGCAGAAUGGCACCACUUCUGCAUCCGCUCUUCCUUUAGCUAACCGACGACCGUAUACAUUUUGCUCCUACUUUGCAUCGUAUACAUUUGCCGCCCCCCACCCCUGAUCCCAAUCGUCAGAAACGAACGCUUUUGCAAAGCCAUGACUCACGCUCACCGGUGCCAAAGCCAACUUUGAAGUGUUAACAUCAUGCAGCAUUGAGACAUCUAACCUGCAUCCGUCGCAGAACAAGGAGACUUUUUGUGAAGAGAGUAUAUUUCACAGGCAAUUUUUCAUCUAAUAAGACUAAUUGAGAGUGGAUUUCUGCAUUCAUGUAGGUAUGGAAAAGUCAAAUGAUAUUGCGCAACAAUAAUAUACGGACUUAAAAUGCAAAAAAAAAAUGAUGUUUGCAAGAAGAAAUGCAUGCUUGUUGGAUUUUGCUGAUGCCAAUAAAAGAUAAUAAAAUAAUGCAACUGUU